CUUUUCAUAAAAAAAAAAAAAGAAAAAAAAUUAUUCUUUCACGGUCGAUGGCCGAGGCCACCAACCCAUGAGAGAGUGCUUGGUUGGCGAAGAAUAAUCCAACUUCUUUACGGGUGUUGUUUGAUUGGUAGAUGGAGAUUUCUUUAAAGGUAAGUGGAAUAUGAAACCGGGGAGAUCAAAACUCCUUAAACCUUUAUUUCUGUUGGACUCGAACAUUUCAAGAGAAGAAGAGUCCUCGUUUGGAUCAAGUCCAGGAAUUUCUAAGGCAUCCCAACAAAACCCACGUUAAUCAUAAAGGUUAAGAUGAAAACUGCCUCUUCCAAUCUUCAAGAGCCAAAGAAUCUCUGACUGAUUGUGAUGUCACCGAACCUUUUUCUUUAAUAAAGAUUUUGUUCUCAAGUCAUAUAACAUUGAUAUUCUAAUUUUCGGAGGGAAGAUUUUUGUCUCGUCUUCUAAUGCAAAAGUGUGGCUGAUAUUGCAUCCAUCUGGGAUCUGGACCAUGGAACAAUAUGCUUCUGCUACUUCUGUUGUAUAAGUUGCAUAAUCCUUCCAAUCUCAGGAUCAGUCCACCAGUCAUAUAACGAUGACCCCUGAGGAGAAAACUCUGGUUGAAAUCUUGGACGAGCAUAAUCCAAUUGACCUUGCCAGAUACAUAAACUAUGUAACCGCCCCACAAGCUGGUGCAAUAGCAACAUUUUCCGGCACGACACGCGACAGCUUUGAAGGCAAAACAGUCUUGGAGCUGAGAUACGAGGCAUACAAACCAAUGGCAAUCCGAUGCAUUAAAUCUAUUUGUUCGUCUGCUAGAUCCUCCUGGAGUCUCCACUCCAUCGCAGUUGCUCACCGCCUUGGCCCGGUUCCAGUUGGAGUAACAAGUGUCUUCAUUGCAGUCUCGGCUGUUCAUCGAGCUGAUGCGUUGGAUGCUUGUAAGUUUGUGAUUGAUGAGUUAAAGGCUUCAGUUCCAAUAUGGAAGAAGGAAGUCUAUGCUAAUGGAGAGGUCUGGAAGGAGAAUUCGGAGUUCCUAGAGAGGAGGUUGGAGCUUGGAAGACAGGAUGGGGUCAGCGGUGGAAAAAAUGUUGACUUUGAGGGGCAUGUUAAAAAGGGCUGCUGUGGGGCUAAGGUUAAGGUGAAUGGAGGAGGAGUUGCCAACAUCAGCACCGGUCAUGGAGGGUCCAGGGAACUUGAGUAGGGGGAAGAUUCCAUUCAUUUGAUGUUAUCUCUUUCUUUUCUCCCUCAAAAUAUAAUGAACGUGGGAGACAUGUGGCAGCUAUUGCUGUCCAUCCUCUUGGUUGUCCACUUUUGUGACUCGGACAGAAUUUUGAAACAUUGUGUGGUGUCCUGCCUAUUAAAUCGGUUGGGAAUAUUGUACUAAAACCUUGUGUUUGAGCACAUUCAAUAAGAAGUGAUUUUGACAA